AUGCUUAUAUUUAUGGCUAACAUCUUUCAGAGGCAUCCUGAAAGGUUCUGCACAACUGGCUUGCCCAGUGAUAUUGUUGUUGAAGUUGGGGAAAUGUCCUUGCACCUCCACAAGUUUCCUUUACUUUCUAGAAGCGGGUUAAUAGAAAGGCUGAUUGCAGAAGCAUCUGAAGAAGGAGAAGAGGGUUGCAGUAUCAAACUCCCUGAGUUUCCUGGCGGAGCUAAAACAUUUGAGCUUGUAGCCAAAUUCUGCUAUGGCAUAAAACUUGAACUCACUGCCUCAAAUUUUGUGUAUCUACGGUGUGCUGCUCAGCAUCUUGAAAUGACAGAAGACUAUGGGGACGGCAAUCUGAUUUCACAGACUGAAACCUUUCUCAAAGAGGUUGUCCUCCAUAGUUGGAAAGACUCUAUGAAGGUACUAGAAACCUGUGAUGAUAUCCUCACUCGUGCUGAAGAACUCCAAAUCACGAAGAGAUGCAUUGAGUCCUUAGCUGUGAAGGCAAGCACUGACCCAAAUGUAUUUGGUUGGCCUGCCAUUGAGCAUGGGGGCCCAAUGCAGAGUCCUGAUGGUAGUGUAUUAUGGAAUGGCAUAAGCACAGGGGCCAGGCCAAAAAACUCAAACUCAGAUUGGUGGUAUGAAGAUGUUUCGAAUUUGAGCUUGCCCCUAUACAAGAGAGUGGUCUCUGCUAUGGAAUCUUGUGGUAUCAAAGGGGAGAUUGUUGCCGGAUCUCUUGCUUUCUAUGCUAAGAAGUAUCUGCCUGGACUGAGUAGGCGUCAAGGGACAAGAGAUUCUAGCAGUCAUCUGGCACCACCAAUGCCAUCAUCAGAAGAACAGAAGCUUUUCCUGGAAGAAAUAGAUCAUUUACUUCCUAUGCAGAAGGGCUUGUCACACCCAUGGUUGGCAGAGUCAGAUAGAGAACAACUCUGUAGGCUGAUGGACUGCCAGAAGCUCUCCUUGGAAGCCUGCACCCAUGCUGCACAAAAUGAGAGGUUGCCCAUUCGAAUAAUAGUGCAGGUCCUCUUCUUUGAGCAGCUCCAACUUAGGACUUCAAUUGCAGGCUACUUCCUGGUCUCAGACAAUAUUGACGGUUCAAGGCGAUUACCAAGUGGAAUGGUGAGUUGUACUGAGGGAGGUUGGGGUACAGCUGUGACGGAGAAUCAGGUUUUAAAGGUGGGGAUGGAUAGCAUGAAGAUGCGCGUUCAUGAGCUGGAGAAGGAGUGCUCAAACAUGAGGCAAGAGAUUGAGAAGUUAGGUCAAGUAAAAGGUAGCUCUAGUGCUUGGCUGCGGGGAAGUGUGUCCAAGAAGCUGGGCUUCAAGAUGAGGUCUCAAAUAUGCAGUGCUCAGGAGGCCUCUGUUAGCAAGCCAAGUAAAGGAGGGGAAAGACUAGCAAGUCCAAAGACAUGA